UGAGCAUCUUCAGACCAGACGUCAGGAAGUAACUGUUACCGUGAAAAUGUGGGCUGAUACCUUAUUUAUAGUAUUCAUUUCCAUCUGUACAGCGCUUUUUGGCGAGGGGCCUCGGACUUGCUUGUUGGUCUACAGAACCAGGAAAAGGACCCAAACAAAAACUAAACAGAGGUUAGUUUUAGAACGGCAGUGCAAGCGUUUAGAGAAAAAGAAAGAUGCCCAUGGAGAUAGCAUGGAUCGUCAGCAGAAGAGGAAAAUUGAACGAGAGGAAGAACGGCUGAAGAACAGCAACAGAGACCUCUCUUUAGUGAAGAUGAAAAGCAUGUUUGCCAUUGGGUUUGCCUUCACAGCGCUGCUUUCUAUGUUUAACUCAAUUUUUGAUGGAAGGGUUGUUGCAAAGCUGCCUUUCAUCCCAAUCUCAUGGCUCCAAGGCUUGAGCCACCGUAACCUUAUGGGUGAUGACUACACAGACUGCUCUUUCAUCUUCCUAUACAUUUUGUGUACAAUGAGUAUCAGACAGAACAUCCAAAAGUUACUCGGCUUUGCACCUUCAAGGGCAGCUAACAAACAUAGCACCAAUCUGUUUGGUCCACAGCCUCAACAGUUUAGUGCCUAUAAAUAAAUGGACAGAAUCCACACCUUAGCUGUUUGUCUUUCUCUUCAUUUGUAAAUAUAAUGCACCAUUUUAAUAAUGUGUCAGUUUGAAGUUCAUUGAUAAUUAUACAGUUAUAUGCAAAGGUUCCAUACUAGGAGAUUCAUAUUCACAAAUUUUAACUUAUGAAUAUCAGAAUAUCAUUGUGCUUGAAUGAAGUAUAGCUUAGAAAAAACAACAAAGUUAAUGUUCUUAUUAUAAAUAAAUAAAAAAAUGUAGGAAUUGGUCAACCAUUUUCAUUCACCAUGAUUUUUCACAUUAGGUAAAGGAAAGUAGACAAACAUGGUUAAACAUACAUAUUUCAAGAGCUCUUUUGAUUUGGCAAAGAUGUUAUAUCACUGUACACACUGUUAUGUCAUUUAAAGUAGACCCCUUUAGUUUAAUCCUCUUGUUAAAGACCUCAGCCCUGUUUGGUACAACUCCAAAUAUCCCAACUCCCCUCCUCUUUAGUAUCAACAACAAGUAUCCAUGAGGAGGUUAAUGAACUGUAGGUAAAAUAUAUUGAUAGAAAAUAAUGUUCAUGUAAGUCAGAUGUUAACAGUAAUGGUAAUCAUUGUAUAAUCAUGAAAAAAAUUCAGCUCCCUUGGUCUCAGUUGUUUAAAAAAAUAAAAGUUUUAUGAGUA